UACCGUCUUGAGUCAAGUAUUUGCAUUUCUAGUUAUUUUACUUAGCUAGCAAGCUAUAUGUCUAUGUAAGAACCCAGAUAUUAUCUAUCAGUGAUAUAUUUAUUUAUUUAUUUAGAGAAACAGUUUGAAAGUAUUUUCAAGAGUGUAAAACAAAAAGCCCCAAGAAAAACUAAAAUUAUUUCUAGUUGUGUGUGUAUGUAUAUAAUGUCCACCACAUUGUGUAAUAUAUGUGAUACAUUAUAAAAGCCUAUUAUGUGUAUAUAUAUUUACGUAUGUGUGCUUCUCUGAUACGAUCUUUCAUGUUCUUUCCUAUCUCUUAACCUUCGUUUUUUUUUUCUUUAUUCCUUGUUACUUUUUAAAAUUUUUGAGGAAGCAUUUUCUACUAGUUACUCUUUCCCUUUCUUAAAGACACACAAAUUUAUAUAUAUAUAUAUAUAUAUAUAGUAUUCCUUCUUUACGAACUACUACAACCACCCUACUCAAUUAACUUAAACUCUAUCUUGAUGCGGACGUCUGCCUACAAAAGCCCGGCUUGGCCGAAUAGGACGGCAGCUUUCUUGUCGCUCUGUUCUUACACUGGAUUAACCUGACAUCUCUUGGCUUUUCUUAAAGAAAAGGUGGCGGAGGAGGAAGAAGAUAGAUAGAACGACCACCGCUGCACUACAUUCACAUCGUAACACCAUAUAUACAUACAUUACACCACACACAUUUACCUAACCAGCUGUAGUCUAUCAAAUAUUAUUAGCACACUGUAUGUAGAAACGUACCAUAGAUUUAGGGAAAGUAAAACGCAAACAUAUAAUUUUAGCUUAAUAUAGAUUGCAAAACAUAUUUAAACAGUAUUAUAAGGUAUAUAUAUGCAUAUCUAUUUUCCGCAGCUCAGCUUACAUGUAUGAAUGCAAUUUACAGACAUCUAUAACGUGUAUAGAGAUAUAUGAAGUUCUAGCAGUAAAAACAGUUACAUCAAUGAACGAUCUCUGCAUAUCGAAUUUAGAUUAAAUAUAUAAGGUUCAUACAUAACACGCAUCUGUGUUUAUAUUUAUAUACUGUCAUAUAGAUAUAUGGUAUACAAGUAUACAUAGCCGUAAUAAUAUUUAAAUACAUAGCAUAUACUCAUAGAAAUAUAAACACACGCUUGUGUGUGUGUAUAUAUAUAUAUACAUACAUAUAGUCUUGUUUCUGUCUAUAUAUGUGUCUGUGUGGAGAAACUACCAACUAUAGACUAUACAAGAAGAAGAAGAAAAAAUCGAGAACACAAUUCGGGAUGUCAAGUGAAACGGUUUAAUUAAAUUAGACCCUCAAAGUCGGACCGCUAUCUGUAAGGUUUCAAAGUUAGUGAGAAACCGAAACUGAGUAUAUAUAUAUUGAAGGGGUGCGAGAGACAGACAGACAGAUAGACACCCGGAAUAGAUUAGGAAGAGUGAAAGAUUAUCAGUCACCACUACAACAUACAGAUUAGUCGGUGAAACUUGUGAUCAUGAUUCUACAACAGUUAUCUGAUGAGCCACCCCUGGUGCAAGCCUGUUUUCACAAGAACCUCGACGAAGUCCGAACUCUCUUGCAGCAAAAGACUGAGGUUAAUUUUCAGGAUGCCGAGAAAAGAAGUCCGCUCCAUGCUGCAGCUUUCUGCGGUGACCCAGAAAUCACCGAGCUAUUGCUCCAGAAUGGGGCACGUGUCAACACAAAGGACAAUCGAUGGCUAACUCCUCUCCACAGAGCUUGCUGUUCGAAAAAUGAUGACGUCGUUGAGUGUCUUCUUAGACAUCAGGCUGAUGUUAAUGCCCGAGAUAAAAAUUGGCAGACUCCUCUCCACGUUGCAGCUGCAAACAAUGCCGUAAAAUGUGCAGAAUACUUGAUUCCCAUGUUAACCAAUGUAAAUGUGUCUGAUCGUGCAGGGCGCACAAGUUUGCAUCAUGCAGCAUUCAAUGGACACAUAAAGAUGUUGCAGCUACUGCUUGAGAAAGGUGCAACAAUAAAUGCUUUCGACAAGAAGGACCGGAGAGCCAUCCACUGGGCAGCGUUCAUGGGACAUGUGGACAUGGUGCAGAUGUUAGUAGAACACAAUGCUGAGAUCAACUGUCGCGACAAACUGAUGUACACUCCACUCCACACGAGCUGUGCAAAUGGGCAGGAAAAUGUCGUCAAGUUGCUCUUGGAAUUGGGUGUAGAGGUUGAUGCUGUGAAUGUCUAUGGCAAUACUCCGCUUCAUGUCGCCUCUCUCAAUGGCAAGGAUCUGGCGGUACGAGAGUUGAUUCUCUACAAUGCAAACAUCAAUUCUGUGAACCACAGAGGCAUGACUCCUUUACACUAUGCUGCUGCAUCAACCCAUGGUGGUAUGUGUCUUGAACUCCUCAUUAAGGCAGGUUCUGAUCCCAAAGUCCAGUGCCAAGAUGGCCGUACACCUCUUCAUAUGACUGCCCUUCAUGGCAGAUUUACUCGGGCACAGACCUUAAUUGAGUAUGGUUGCGAGAUAGAUGCGUGUGAUAAAUACGGUAACACUCCGCUGCACAUUGCUGCAAGAUAUGGUCAUGAACUGAUGAUUAAUACAUUACUGGAAAAUGGAGCUAAUUCUUACAUGCCUGGCUGUAAUGGUAUGGUCCCUAUACAUGUAGCUGCCCUCAAUGGUUAUGUGGACUGUGUGAAGAAAUUGUUUAAUCAUAUGGCUGACUUCGAUAUCAAUAUGCCAGACGAUUGUGGCCGGACUUGUCUACAUGCUGCUGCUGUUAGCGGUAAUGUUGACUGUGUUGAGUUGUUGCUGUCAUACGGUGCCAAUGAAAUGACUUUGGACAAUGAAGGCAGGACGGCUCUCCAUUAUGCUGCAGCACAUGUUCACCAACAGUGUGUGAUGGCUCUUAUUAAUGCAGGCGUUGAUAUCAACCUCCAAGACAAGCAAGGUUGCACAGCCCUACAUUUUGCUUCUGCUGCUGAUGUUGAUGCCAAAGUUGUGGAACUAUUAUUGAAAUAUGAAGCCAAGCCUGGUCUACGGGACCGCAAUGGUUACAACGCUGUACACUACGCGGCACUAAAGGGCCACAAACUUGCUCUGGAAAUGAUCACAUGGACGAUUUGGCAUCUUAAAACUGACAGUUAUCAUUUUGACCCUACUCAACCCACCCGGAUCGAGAACAUACAUUUUAUAUUGCAGAUUCUAGACUCAGCUGCUACAGACCUUCUUCGGACUGGAGCUCCAUAUUCACCUCUUCAUCUGGCAGCCUACAAUGGUCAUGAACAGGCAUUGAACGUUCUGCUGGGUUACAUAAUUAACCUCGACAUCUGUGAUAUGAAUGGUCGCACCAUGUUAGAUCUGGCGUGUUUUCGGGGUCAUACGGAAUGUGUAAAUAUUUUAUUACAAAACCGAGCUGGAAUAGCGGUCCACGAUUCAGUGAUUGGCAGGACCCCCCUUCACAGUGCAGCAUACAAUGGCCACACGGAAUGUCUACGGGUACUGCUACAUGCUGCAGAGGAUAGUUGCAUAGUCGAUUGUACAGAUGACAACGAAAGAACACCGUUGAUGUUAGCUGUUGCCAAUGGCCACGUAGAUGCUGUGUUAAAUCUCAUCACAUCAGGUGCUAUAGUAAACAACAAAGACAUCCAUGGACGGACGGCGUUACACAGAGGGGCAGCUAAUGGUCACGAGGAAUGUGUUGAUGCAUUACUGCACAAUGGUGCAGAAAUCACUGCCAAAGACAUCAAAGGACGCACACCUCUUCAUUUUGCUGCGAUGUGUGGACAUGUGGGCAUCCUAGGUACAUUAUUACAGAUUGGAAUUAUGGGAGACCAAGAAGACAAUAAAGGUUUCACACCACUCCAUUGGGCCUGCUACAAUGGACAUGACAGUUGUAUAGAACUUCUACUUGAACAUAAGAUGACACAGAGCAAAACCUUAUUUACUCCCCUUCAUUGUGCUGUCAUAAAUGGUAAUGAAUCUUGUGUGGAAAUUUUGAUAGAAAAGUUGGGAGACGAUAUUGUGAAAGCGACAGAUUCCAAGGGCAGAACACCGUUACAUGCGGCUGCGUUUGGUAACCAUUAUGAAUGCAUGCAGAUAUUGUUGAACCACGGUGCUGAUUGCAACUGUUCUGAUCGGAUGGGACGGACACCGAUAACACUAGCUGCAGCCAACGGUCACUCAACGGUAGUAGAACUGCUGUUGGAAAACGGUGCUGAUCUGUCUUUGGUGGACGAUGACAAAAAUACCCCCCUCCACCAUGCUUGUAUAAAUCACCAUGCCCAUGUUGCUAUGCAACUGUUAAAGAAAAUAAAUGACUCCACGACUGUAAAUAUUGCCAACUCUGAACUGAAAAUACCUUUACACAUUGCUGCCCGGAAUGGGUUAGUGGCCAUUGUUAGAGAAUUACUAUUGAAAGGUUCCAGUGUGAUGGCAUUAGACGAAAGUGGUUACACCCCAGCUUUGGCCUGUGCUCCAAACAGCCAGGUGGCAGACUGUCUCUCCAUUAUCCUCAACCACAUGAUGCCUUUCCACAACAAUUCUACGUACAGAAUCAACCGUUCCAGUCUAGAGAAUUCACCCUCCGGUGAUGAUGAUGAUGACGUUGAUGAUGAACAUCUGAAACCAAUUGCUUCCAAGGACUGCUGGUAGCGCCGACAGCCUUGGAGAGAUGCUAAAUGAUGGACGAGAUCAAUCCUACCAAAGUUCGGACUCUGAGUUCUACUGACCAAUCAUUUCUUUUUUUUUUUUUUCUUCUAAAUCUGCAAUUUUUUCCUGGAGUGGGUGGGGUGGGGGUCUCAUUUUUUUUCCUUUUUGGGGGGAUUAAAAAUCUACUCUUUGUGUUCAUCUCAACACCAACAAUAACAACAAUAUCCUUGCACUUCCUUGCCCCACAUUUUGUUGUUAUAAUUUUUGCCUCAAUUUUAAACAGAUGGAUACUAAAAUGAAAUAAAACUGCUGUUAGUGAAUCCCUAUUGUUAACAAGAACUACAUUGUCAAUAAGAAGUGGCAGCAGCAAUAACAACAACAGUGCCCUUUACCAAAUGGAAAAUGAGAGAGAGGGAGAGUUCCAGUUGCACUGAACAUAAGAGAAAUCUUCCCUACCCACAUCUUAUUACUUCCUCUUCUAACAUUUAUGUUUCAGUGGUGAUUAAUAACUAAGGAUGAUACCAUAGUGGGGUGUGUGUGUGUGUAUGUACAUGUGUAUGCAUACACAUAUAUACAUAUACUUUAUUUGUGGGUUAAGAAGACUAAUAGUUAUUAACCCACAAAUAAUGAAUAUUUGUCCACCAAUGCAGUGUUGUGCACUCAUUUUCAUUGUUUGAAAUUAGCAUAUAUAUAAUAAUAAUAAUAAUAUAGAUCCAUACUCACACAGACACUACCUCAAUAACACUAUGUAACUUAUACUGCUUUCUGUCUUCAGGAACUCUUUUAUAAUAAAGCAGCCAUGUCUGGUGCAGAUAUAUACAUGGUUCUCGCCCUAACUAACCUUUACAUUCACACCAAUCAUGUGUUGUUCCUCUUUACUGCUAGAGCAGGAAAUAUGGGAUAAGAGCCACAACACAUGGGAGUUUUUGUUUUUUUUUCUCUCCCCAGAUUAAAGCUAGUAUAAGAUGCAAGGUUGCAGCUUUGUGUGCACAAAUAUGCAUAGCAAUAUAUACAAGUUUAUGCAAUUGUAUAUAUGUAUACAUAGGAUACACAUUAAUGAAUGUUUAAAUAUAAAGCAAGAGAAAGAGAGGUAGCCAUAAUUUUUGUGUAUGUGUGUAUGUAGGUUUUUAUAAGUAUGUAGAUAUAUUUAUGUGUGAGUUUGUUCAUAUGGGACCUCAUUGAAUCUACUGUUUAAGUGGAUGUUGUGAUGUGUAUUAUUGGUGGAAGGAAGUGGGUGUUCUUAGAUAAUUUAGCUGAAAAUAUGGUUUAAUAAGUAUUUAUUUGAACAGCGGUAUUUCCUCAUUGAGAAUACUGAUGGCCCAAGUUGACAGUGGUACAGGGACAACCAUCCAAAAAGAGCUAGCAGUUUAUAUCCUACCGUUUCUCUUGCAUUGUGUCCAUAGCCAACUCAUGUAACUGUUAACAAUGUGUAUAGUCUAUUGUGUCAUGAGGCAGCUGGAACACAGUAAUAUUGGAGAAUGUUUCAACUGCUUGCAGCACCCAAUUCAUCAAGAACACAUCUAGGAUCUAGAGAAUGUAAGGUUGUCUCCCCUUGGUAAAGGCUGCAAGCUCCAUUGUGAUGACUUAGAGUACUGUGAUACAAACUUGUGGCUCUUUGGUUCACGUCUGCUGCAGGGAUUUUAUUUUAUUUUUUUCUUUCCAUUGCUUCUUCACAAACUUCACAAUAUUCUACAUAGUUCACUUAAGCUGUUGUCAUUUGAAUGUUACUUUCCAAACAUUGGUGUCCUGACCAAGGGAUAUUUACUACAUCUUACAUAAUACUUAAAAAACUUCAGCUGGCUGAAUAGAUAAGGUACAGAACUACCAGACCAUAGUGAAUUGAAAUCCAAUUGAAGUGUUUCAGUAGGUUUCUAAACACUUCUACAUUACCACUCUUCACACCUACCUAAAGAAAGGAGCUUAUACAUGGAGAUUAAACUUGCUAUAAAUACCAGCCACAUUUUCCCACAAAUCAUUCUCUACACAUCAAAUUAGAUGUCUAUAUAAGAUAAUGCAGUCCUUGGUAUAUUAUGUUUUAAAAACAGACAGAAUGCUACAGCUGGACUGUUUUUGAGAAGUCUACUCACUUAAAGAUAACUGUGGCUGCUAAACCCCUACCAUCAAACUGUCAAUAGGAAUAGGUAUCUUGUCCAGGUUAAGAUUUAUCUCAUUUGCUUCAUGUUACAAAUCUAGCACCACAGUUGGAGAAGAAGAAGACCUUUACCUUUGGUUUUUCACUUUAUAUUUAAGCUGUCAACAAUUAUUGAACCUUAGGUGAGACUCACAAUGGAGUACUGCUAUAUCUGUGAGGAUGUCAUUGUUAGAGAUGCAGAUAUCCUAGAGCAUUUGACUGAAUUAUGAAGUCACUCACAGAUAUGCUCCAACCUCAAGCCCACAGACAUGCCAUCUGUGUGUGUGUCUCUCUUUCUCUCUCACUUUCUACCACUGCUUCUACAGUAAUCUCUGCUCUUUGGAUUUGGCUGGUCUCAUGCUACCACCACUCUAACACUCUACUAACUCAUCUCUCCUCUUAUCACUCCCACACUUGACACUGUGUCCAGUCUUUCCUCCCCAGAACGCACAUGUCUUUCCUGCAGUCUAUGUGGAAUGUUAACAGCAUCAAUCUCAAAUGACUCAGAGUGCCUGUGGGGGCAGGCCAUGAGUACUAACCCUUCAUCCAGAGCUAGCAAAGAAGAAAAAUACCUUUUAUACUGUUUUUAGGUGUGCAUAAUUAUGGGAUGUGGAACUUCUGCAAUUAUUUAUUGACCCAGUGAAUAAGGAUUUUAGCUCCAAUAUCUCCUUCACCUCCCAUAAAUUUGUAUAUGUAUGUUGUAUAUAUGUCAUCCAUAUAUAAUAAUUGAAUAACUGCCGACAACUACAUCAAUAACAAAACUGAAAAACAUGUCCCCUUUCCCUGCUUACUGAAGCUGGUGAUUAAAAAUACAUAUAUAUAUAUCUCAGUGGUAAUACAAAAUUUAAUUAAAAGUAUAAAAUAUAAUUUUAAAUGCCUUCCUCCCCAGAUACCUGGAAAAAUAAAACCUGUGAUAGAGAAUGCUUGAUUUUAUUGCUGGGGAGGUCUAGAGUCAUUCCUUUCUCUCUCCUCCCACCAUAUCCACCACCUCAACUCUCGUUGCCCAUUCCUUUGCUAAGUAUCUGUUCCCUCUCAUCCAUUGUCAUUGCUGUCUAUUCAAAGAAACUAGCUUCCAGUUGGUAUCACAGGGACAUUUUUUGCUGUGUCAGCUGGGCUUUGUGUUGCUACAUUUGUCACUGCUUUCUGCCUGUUCAACAGCUAUUUAUGUGAUUGACUGUCAAUUGUACCAGACACAAAGUUGUGGUACAACUAACAGUCUCAUAUGUUAACAACGGUGAAAACACUACUGAGUUUAAAUGGCCUCCUGGAACAAUGUUCAGUGGGUACACACAUACACACUGUAUUGAAGGUCUGUGCUAAGAGUUCAAAACCUCCUUGAUAUAGCUAGGACAUUGUCCUAUUGGUAUAUACAGAACAAUGGUUCUUACUGUCAUGUGCCAUUACAUCUAUAUUCUUCCUUCUCACCCCACUCGGCAAACAUACACAUACUACGUAUGUAGAAUACUUUUCAGGAGGCCAUGUGUCAUGUGAUAUAAAAUUUUUAAUUUUUUUGUUUCAUUUUUUUUUUUUCGGGAUACUUUUUUAAAAAACAAAUUUGCAGAUUUUGGGGAGGGUUAUCUUAAAAUAUUGCUGUGAAUCCCUCAUAUUAAAAGAAAACCAAUUGACUGUCAAUGACUGAAGAUAUUCAAAUCUUUUUUUUUUAAAAAACCUGUUUGCCGAAAGGUUAAACUUAGGGAUUUCAUUGGUUUUUUUCUUUUUUUUUAAAAACUCUGAUGGAACUUAUCAAAAGUCUAUUUAAAAACAAAUCUAAGAAACAGAACAAAACUACUUUCCCAACUUUUGGAUAUCAAAAAUUCUUUUUUUCUCUUUUUUUUUAAAGGAGGGGUGGGAAUCGUGGACAGUCUGUCAUCUGUUGUCAAUCAAUGGUCUUCUUCUCUCUUGGAGAGCCGUUCAUUCCAGUUUGACAUGUCCAGUCAAUCACAGUUCUUCUAUGAUCUUGGCUGUCAAACAUAAAUACAUUGUCGGAAUUUUUCAUCUACUCAAAAAAAAAAAAAAAUAUUCAUAGUUUAUUAUUAAUAGUAAAGCGGAGACUAAGGGGAACAUUUCAAACAAACGUUACUUCACCCUUUUUUUUUUCCCCAAAUAAUAAUUAUUUUGUCCUUACUCCCACCCCAUUCCCCAUAUAACUGCGAUUUUCUUUGUUGAAAGAAUAAAA